AAAAAAAGCAGAGAAAGAGGUACGGGGUACCUCUCGAACUUUAUUCUAGGCUCUUUACGCGUCUCGGGCGCGUCGAACGUGGGGCACUAGUACAAGCUAAGCAACUCUAUCUCCAAUUUCGACUUUAUCGUUUAUCGACUUUAAUCAAUCAGAUCGUCGAAUUAUCAACCACGAUUCACUUUUUGCGACCCAAUUGAAUGAUUAACUGUCCAACUUCACCGCACUAAUCGGUGACUCGAACUAGUGACGUCUUAGCUUAACAUACAAUAACCUUUCAUCACUAUGCCACCUCGAAAAAACGACAAUACUCGCUCGAGCAACGUAUCAAUGGCCCAAUUCGUCUACGACGGUUCUGACGCUGACGUAUCUUCAAAUGCUCUCCGACCUCCAGCUGGCAAUACGUCUGUACCUUCGCGAUCUAAGCCCACACCGUCUAUAGAGAUGGAUUCUCAACGACCUUCUACUGAAGGCGCGCCUUCUGCUGAGAAAGACAAGGAGAAGAAGGAUGCUAAAGACGGUAGUCGAGACGCUGUCACCAUCGAGGACCUCAAUCUUCCAAAGUCGAUAAUAACGCGCCUUGCGAAGGGUGUUCUGCCUCCCAACACACAGAUCCAAGCCAAUGCCGUCUUGGCAAUGUGCAAGAGCGCAACCGUCUUCAUCAACCACCUCGCCAACGCAGCAAACGAGAAGACUCUAAGCUCCAACAAGAAGACCAUCAUGCCCGCCGACGUCUUCGAGGCGCUCAACGACAUAGAAUUCGAGUUCAUGCGCGAGAGACUCGAGGCCGAAUUCAAGAAGUUCAACGAGGUCCAGACCACGAAGCGCAGCACCUACCGCCGAAAAGUCGCCGCGGCGAAGCGCGCCGAGAAGGCCGCGGCCGCGGACCCGAACGCCUCCAUGGUAUCGACCGCGAGCACGGCCGCCAGCGCGCAGGACGCGGGGGCCGGGGCCCCGCGCGCCUCCAAGAAGCAGAAGCCCAACGCUCCCCGCGACGACUCGGCGAUGGACGUCGACGGCGACGCGACGGCGGAGACCCAGGAGCACAGCGACGACGCGGAGACGGAGCCCGAGGCGGAGCAGGAAGAUGAUGAGGACGAGGAGAAUGAGGCUGAGGAAGAGGAGGAAGAGGAAGAAGAUGAGGAAGAGGAAGGGGGAGAGGAUGAUCCGGAUCGUCUGGAGGAACGGGAGCCGAGGGAGGAGCAGGAUGAUGCGUUGGAUGAUGGGGACAGCGAUUGAGUUGGGUUGAGCGCGUGCUGUGAUAUUGGUUGUGGAUUGUGACUCUAAUCGACUCUACCUACUCAACCUUCCCCUUGGAUCAUCGACGGCGGACGGUCUUGGCGGACGAAUGGAUCUCUUGUCACGUUGCGAGGUCCGAUGGCAUUUUUCAGGUUCAGGCGGUUAAUUUGGCUUUUGCUUGGCUUGGAGAUCCCGCCAUCCACUUUACUAUGCGGUCCAGGGCCCGAGUCUUGAUUCUUUGUCACCGCAUAACGGGUAUGAGUCUAGAAACUAUUGCUGAAAUUGAGAAAGGACCGCCCGCUCGCUAGGAUGGAGCGAGCUUGGGUCGCAAAAACAUUACACCUCGUUCAUCAUAACAGAUCGCGAUAUGCAUACGCCCCUAUUCCCAGUAGCCCGAGGGGCACAGGAUCACAAAAGUGAUGGCUUGAUAAAAUGACUAACUCACUCGCCCAUUAAAAGUUCUGUUUACGUGUGCUUCGAUGCUGGCCGUGCGUAUUGGACCGAAUAAAGAAAAAACUUGCCAUGUUGUUAUGGUUGUGUACACAGAGAGGGAGAGCUGAGAGAGAGUUCGCAGCUUAUCACGCGUCCAUGAUCACCGUUGCAGUGACGUGACUGUUACCUUAGAGGUAUCUCAACACCUACC